UGCCUGCUGCUGCUUCUGCCGCUGCUGCUGCUCAGCUCUCUGCCCUCUCAUCCACUGCAGCAGGCAUGGCGGACGCCGCUGAGACCACCAUCAAGGUGGUCUGCCGCUUCAGGCCACUGAAUAGCUCAGAGGUGGCACGGGGGGACAAGUACAUCCCAAAGUUUCAGGGGGAGGACUGCGUGGUGAUCGCGGGAAAACCGUACCACUUUGAUCGUGUGUUCCAGUCCAACACCACCCAGGUGCAGUUCUACAAUGCUGUGGCCCAGAAGAUUGUCCGAGAUGUUCUGGAGGGGUACAACGGCACCAUCUUUGCUUACGGGCAGACCUCCUCGGGCAAAACACACACCAUGGAGGGGAAGCUGCAUGAUCCAGAUAUGAUGGGAAUCAUUCCUCGAAUUGUUCAAGACAUCUUCAACUACAUCUAUUCCAUGGAUGAAAACUUGGAGUUCCACAUCAAAGUCUCAUACUUUGAAAUCUAUUUGGACAAAAUUCGGGACCUGUUGGACGUGACAAAGAUCAACCUCUCUGUCCACGAGGACAAGAACAGGGUGCCAUAUGUGAAGGGGUGUACCGAGCGCUUUGUGUGCAGUCCUCAGGAGGUUAUGGACGCCAUCGAUGAAGGCAAAAACAACAGACACGUGGCUGUCACAAACAUGAAUGAGCACAGCUCCAGGAGCCACAGCAUCUUCCUCAUCAACAUCAAGCAGGAGAACACUCAGACUGACCAGAAGCUUACCGGGAAGCUGUACCUGGUGGAUCUGGCCGGGAGUGAAAAAGUGGGGAAAACAGGAGCGGAGGGCACUGUGCUGGAUGAAGCUAAGAUGAUCAACAAGUCCUUGUCUUCGCUAGGAAAUGUCAUCUCAGCUCUGGCGGAGGGUUCUAGUUAUGUUCCGUACAGAGACAGUAAGAUGACGAGGAUCCUGCAGGACUCUCUAGGAGGAAACUGCAGGACGACCAUGGUGAUCUGCUGCUCCCCGUCCUCCUUCAACGAUGCAGAGACCAGGUCCACACUGAUGUUUGGACAGAGGGCAAAGACCAUCAAGAACACUGUGACCCUGAACGUGGAGCUGACCGCGGAGCAGUGGAAGAAAAAGUGGGAGAAGGAGAAGGAGAAAAACAAGACUCUAAGAAACACUGUCACCUGGCUGGAGAACGAACUGAACCGAUGGAGGAAAGGAGAGACUGUGCCAGUGGAGGAGCAGUUUGACAAAGAGAAGGCCAAAGCGGAGGUGCAGGAUGUGGACGCUGGAGUCACCAAUGAUAAGCCAGCAACGAAACCGUCCCUCGGAGCGCUACCCGGAGUCAAACUCACGGAUGCGGAGAAACAGAAAUACGAGGCGGAGAUGGCCAAACUCUACAAGGAGAUGGAUGACAAGGAUGAUGAGAUCAACCAGCAGUCCCAGCUGGUCGAGGAGCUGAAGGAGCAGAUGCUGGAACUGGAGGAGCUCUUAGGCUCUUCUCGCCGCGACCACGACACCCUGCAAAGCGAGCUGAACCGCCUGCUGGCUGAGAAUGAAGCCUCCAAGGAGGAGGUGAAGGAGGUUCUGCAGGCGCUGGAGGAGCUGGCUGUCAACUAUGACCAGAAGAGCCAGGAGGUUGAGGACAAAGCCAAAGAGUUCGAGGCUCUGAGUGAAGAGCUGAACGAGAAGUCUAGCUGCUUGACCACCAUUGACUCUGAGCUGCAGAAACUGAAGGAGAUGACCAACCACCAGAAGAAGAGGGUGACUGAGAUGAUGUCCUCCUUACUGAAGGACCUGGCUGAGAUCGGCAUCGCUGUGGGAAGCAACGACAUUAAGCAACAGGAGAGCAGCGGCGUCAUUGAUGAAGAGUUCACCGUCGCCCGCCUCUACAUCAGCAAGAUGAAGUCAGAGGUGAAGACCAUGGUGAGGCGCAGCAAGCAGCUGGAGAGCAGCCAGGCGGAAAGAUCGCAGACGCUGCAGGAGGCUGAGAGCGAGUUGACUGCCUGCCAGCUGCGCGUCUCCCAGCAAGAAGCAAAGAUCAAAUCCCUGACAGACAGUCUGCAGAACGUGGAGCAGAAAAAGAGGCAGCUGCAGGAGAACGUGGACCUUCUGAACGAAGAGAUCGUCAGGAUCCAAGCUCAGGAGAAAGUUAAUGCCAUGGAGAAGGAGAAUGAGAUCCAGUCUGCUCACGAAGUGAAGGAAGCUGUGGAGAAGCAGAUCCAGUCGCACAGAGAUGCCUACCAGAAGCAGAUCAGCAGCCUGAGAGACGAGCUGGACAGCAAGGAAAAGCUCGUCAUGGAGCUGCAGGACUUGAACCAGCAGAUCGUCCUGGAGCAGGAGAGGCUGAAAGUGGAGCAUGAGAAGCUGAAGGCCGCUGACCAGGAGAAGAGCCGCCAGCUGCAGGAGCUCACGGUUCUGCAGGACCGGCGUGAGCAGGCCAGGCAGGACCUGAGGGGACUGGAAGAGACUGUGGCUCGGGAGCUGCAGACCCUCCACAACCUGCGGAGACUUUUUGUGAAGGAUUUAUCCAGAAGAGUCAGAAAGAACACUCAGGACUCUGAGGACUCAGAGGACAGUUCUGCUCAGAAACAAAAGAUCUCCUUCCUAGAGAGCAACCUGGAGCAGCUGACCAAAGUUCACAAACAGCUGGUGCGGGACAAUGCUGACCUUCGCUCUGAGAUCCCAAAAGUGGAGAAGCGUCUGCGCGCCAUGGUGGAGCGGGUCAAAGCCCUGGAGGCGGCCCUGAAAGAAGCCAAAGAGAGUGCGGCUCGUGAGCGCAAGCUCUACCAGCAGGAGAUGGAGCGCAUCAAGGAUGCCGCCAAACCCAAACCCAACAUGGGCAGGAGGAACUCUGCACAGAUAGCCAAGCCCAUCAGACCGGGCCAGCUGCCCGGGUCCUCGCCCUUGUUCAGCCUCAACAGGUCCAACAUCAUCCGUGGAGGAGGCAACGACAGCAGUUAAAGAUACUGAAAGGUUCCAAACCUGAAGUCAAGCCUCCAGACUCAUUCACUGAUCCAUGGCAAUGCUACUCUGAAGUCUGCAUGUGCCAAAUGUACCAGAAAACAUCAAAAGCAAGUGGUAAUUUUCACUUUAGAGUAAAGAAAUGUAAAUUAAAAAAAUGUGCUUGACCUUAAAAUUGCACAUUUGCAUGUUUUAUUUCUGUGCAUGUUCCUCUAUCAGUGUUCUUGUUUGUUUUCCCAUAUCUCUGUGAAAAAGUCCUCCCAAUAAAAUAUUGCACUUGUUCUUUUAAAAGCUCUAUAGCCUUGCCUAUUUAUAUUCCAUUUGAAACACAAUAAAGUUGAAAACCUAUACAUCGA